AAAGAAAAAUACUGCAACAGUUACUUAGCCUUAAGACUAGCUCAAAAGAAAACUCUCUACUCCAUUAAUAGUAAAUUCCAUUUCUUAUAUAAGCAUAAAUUGUAAGAGAAAAACAUAACAAAAGAACACAAUAAAUAAAAGACAAAAAGCUUUUAAAGUAAGUUGGAUUAAUCUACAUUGUAAUUUGUUUUCAGACAAGAGAAAGAGAGAUAUAGAGAAAGUGUGUGAUCCAUGGCUGCAGCAAGAGAAUUGAUUAUAUGUUGCUUCUUAACACUUCUCUUAUGCAAUUUCUUCAUGAGAGUCGACUCUGCUGGUGCUGCUGACGUCAGCAGAGGAGGAUGCGGCGGUGGCGAUGGCAGCCUCGGGGACGAUAAUGAGCGGUGUGUGGAGGCGGCGAAAGAAGACGACGAUGAUGACGUGGAUGAUGUUUACAAAGUCAUCAACAAGAUGAGGAUAUAUGCUUGAUCAUAUGCAUGCAUGAUGCAUUCUUUAUAUAUAGGGCUUCCUAUAUUUUAUGCCUUUUUUCGUUUUCAUUUUCUUUUCUCAAGUUUUUUUUCGAUUCUUUUGUAUUUCUCUUAAUUUAUGUUUUCUUUCUUUUUUCCCCUUAAUGAGAAAGAUUGUGAUCCGAAGAAGAAAGUGUUGCCUUAAAUAUAUAGUUUUUUCUUUUCUUUUAACUUUCUUGGAUAAUGAGUGAAUGACGUGCGUUGUCACAAAUAUAAAUUCUUGAUAAUUAUGAUGUGGUUAGGGG